UCUCUCCAACAUAAACUGAAACUUUUAAAUUAAAACCAAAACUAACAACAAAUCUUCUUUCUCACACAACACAAAUUCGAACAUCUCUCUCAUUCUACCCUUCUCUCUCUCUCUUAAGACUUUCACAAUAAUGGGCAAGAUCACUUCCUUCAAACAAGAUUAUUCUUUCGAUGAUCGACUUGCGGAAUCAAAGAACAUUAUUGCGAAAUACCCAGAUAGAAUUCCUGUGAUCAUUGAGAGAUACUCAAGGACAGACCUUCCUGAAAUGGACAAGAAGAAAUACCUUGUUCCAAGAGACAUGUCUGUUGGACAAUUCAUCCACAUCUUAAGCAGCAGGUUGCAUUUGAGUCCCGGAAAGGCUCUCUUUGUGUUUGUGAAGAACACAUUGCCCCAAACAGCCAGCUGUAUGGAUUUCGUCUAUGAAACUUACAAGGAUGAAGAUGGAUUUCUUUACAUGUGUUACAGCAGUGAGAAAACCUUUGGCUAGUACUUUUUUUUUUUUCUUUGUAAGUACUUGUACAUUGUAAUUAAACUUUUAACUGCAUUGCUCAUAAACGUGCCUGCAUCUAGAAAGCUCGGCACUCUCAUUUUCAAAGGAUAUCAAUUUCAUUUGCUUUCUGUAAAGUUCAUCCGUUUACAGGCCUCGUAUGUUUCCUGUGUCAAGUAUUAACGAUUGGAACAUACGAGCAUUAUUGUUGAAGGUUCACCUCAGAAGAAUGAAUAAAAUUUCACUUCCA